AUGUCGAGCCCUUCUGAGGCCGAUGAUGAGGAACUUGUGCGUGCCACACAAGAGUGUGAGACACAGCUGCAAACAGCAGGCACCAUGCCUCCUCUAGCAGCCACCAUGCCUCCUCCAACAGCCGUCAUGCCUCCUCCAACAGCCGCCAUGCCUCCUCCAGUAGAAGUUGCUCAGCCACAGCCACCGGUGGAUCUCCCCUCUCACUGGAAGGACCAUCUUCCUCCCUUCCAACAGGAGUGGAUUCACCACACACUGUUCAAGGCGAACCCAAAGACUGGGAAACCGGAGCUGGUGACCCAGCUGAAGCUGUGGUGGCAUCCUCCUCAGCCCACCCUCAUUCACACCCAGCCACCGGCGUCACCUAAUCAAUUCUUCUGUCACCCCCUGUUCCUGUGGAUGCCUCACAAGAUGUGGAGGUACCCACUAGUCUGUGUGCGUCCAUCAUGCCAAAAGUACAGCCUUACAGCAGCCGGACUGUAUAGGACCGUGCGCAAGGUCCUGGACAUAGACAGGUGGUAUGACCUUGCAACUGAGUACCUGGAGUGCAAGCGGUGCUCCAAGAAAUAUCCUGCGUGGUCUGAGGAUAUCUUGGCCCAGCUGGAUGUUGGCCACCGCAGCCAGUUCCCAGCUCUGCUAACUUACAGGUACUCAUGUGACAACCGGGUGAUAAGGAUGAUGAGGGAGAGGACACUGGGCAACAGUGUUACCCAGCUGUACAAGAAGCUGAACGAGCAGCACAGUGAGGCGUGGAUGCAGCGCUUCCUGCAGUACCUGACAGCUUGCGAGCCGUUUACAAGGUCUGCAAUCAUCUGCCCAGUAUUUGCAGAUCCCCCAGCCUUACCUGCCAUCCCAAAACCGAAGUGGCUGUUGGCCGUGUUUGCCAGAGAUGUCCUUGGGAGGCUGAAUGAAGUGAAGGCCAAAAUUACAAACACCUUUGGCUCUGUCCUCAAGAUGGACUCCACGAAAAAGAUCACCAAAAAGCUGUCUGGUGCCGCUGCAGGUACAGCUGCUUGGUGUACAAACGUGGGAAAUGAGUACGGCCAAGUACUCACUUCAGUCCUGACGGCCUCCGAGGGACAUGCUCUGGAUGGGAUGGCAACAGGCCUAAUGAAGCGGUACAGGGAGGCAGGUGUAGCUCCACCCGACAUUAUGUACGUGGACAGAGACUGCUGCAGUGGGGCAGUGAACAGGAUGUUUGCCGACUGGGAUGAGCUCCAAGUGCGCCUUGACGUGUGGCAUUUCAUGCGCCGCUUUGCCGCAGGUGUCAACACAGAGGCUCAUCCCCUGUAUGGCAUUUUUAUGAUGCGCCUGUCCAAGUGCAUCUUUGAGUGGGAUCCCGAGGAUGUGUCUGCUCUUCGUGAAGCUAAGAAGAGCGAGCUGGCGGCGAAGGGCAUCCUGGACAUCACAGAGGAGGCUCUCAAUGCCCGGAUAUCUCGGAGGGAGUUGGCGCUGCACUGUCGGAGGAGGACCAGGGGCAUGGAGGAGACCUCCAGACUGCUUGAAGCAUUGAUCAGUCUGUUUGACAGCCCAGCUGGGAAGGACACUCUGGGUGUUCCUCUGCUCGACCAUGAACGGAUCCAGGGAAUAUGGAAGGAUCAGAAGAAGCACGUGGCCUGCAUCCAGGACCCAGACUUCCCCCUCUACAUUAAAACGGGCACCCUGAAGAAAGGCGACGUGGUGCUCAACUGCUACAGGUGUGCCCGUGGCUCCACCUCCCUGGAGUCUUUCCAUCUUCACCUGACUAGGUUUAUCCCAGGAACCAGUGCCAGCGCCUCGCAUUUCCAGGCGUAUCUUCUGGAAGGACUGAUGCGCUGGAACGAGGACAGAAUGAAGGACUCUGUUCAAGCACCCACUUCCAUGCGCACCUACGGCAGUGUUCUGCAGGAGGCCGUGGAUCGGCUCAGCCAAGCCGUUCUGGGAAAACGUUGGGAUGAGCAGUACCGCAGUCCUGGAGUCUACACAGGUGAAUUGUUGGCCAUAGAGUACCUGUACAGCCAGACUGGCAUAUCACUUACUCCAACGCUCCACAACCAAGAGGAGGAGGACCAGCUGGUGGAGGACAUUGAUGACGAGGACAUUGAGGACGAAGGCUUUGAGGAGGAGACAGAGGACAUCACAGUUCCUGUGCUGACUGACGAUGACCAUGACAUUGAAAGGAGGCCCUCAACCACAAGGCGUCGGGCACCUUCACCACCACCUCUACCAGAACUGCCAUCCACGUCCAUGGGUGGAGGUCAGCGUCCAGUUGCUGCUGCCGCCGUUCCGUCCACGUCGGGUCAAGGACUGCACCCUGCUGCUACUGCUGCUGCCACCACUUCAGGGGCUCAGGGCGUCGUCGUUGGACCGGAUGGCAUUCCUGGGUGGGACAAAGUGCAAGAGCUGGCUGCUUACCUGGUGGACCUGCGAGAUGCCGCCUACCUCACUGAGCCACAGGUGACCGAGGUCAUCCAGCUGUGGGCGGCACUCCCAGACAGCGACAAGGAGAGGAUCGACUACCAGCCACGUCACCAGGAGCGGCUGUCGUCUGGUCGAUUCAAGGCACCGAAGCGGUCUGGAGUCACACCGGGUGUGGAGAGCGUCAAGCGCAGCUUGAUAGGUCACCCUGGGGGGCCGGCUCAGUGGCCUGGUACCAGCCGCUUGGUAGACGCCAUGUGCACACGCUUGUGCACUUUGCCCCUGCCUAUGCACAGCGAGCGCUCUACCAUUUGAGCUAAUCCCCCAUAUACAGGAGGUGGCGAACCACUCAUUUUUUUUCUUUCUUUGGCCAAUGUCUCCAUCUAGUGGUCAACUAUCUAGUUUUACUUGUGUUCCCCAGUGUUGUAUAAUUAAAAGAAAAGAAAAGAAA